CAGCAGAGCCGGAGCCAGAGAACCACAUUGUGCUGAGAGAACAGGAGACACUGGAAGUGCUGGGGGCUCAGGCCGCGGCCGUGCUGAGUUGGUCGUCCGGACACUGAGUUGCGUUGACCCCUCCCCCAGGCAGCCGUGGGGCAGGGGCUGGAGGUCCAUGGCUCAUCCACUGACCAUCAGCUACAGCUGGGCCAUUACCUGGCUUCUCCAGUUGCCCCUGGACUGGGCCAGGAGGCAGAUAUGCCACCUGUUGCGAAGGUGUCUCGUGGUGGCCUUGGUCAUGAUGCUGGUCUCCAUCGUCCUUUGCAUCCUCGCUCCCAUGCUGCCCCAGGAGACGCUGGGCCUCUCCUCCCCGAGCGCCGGGGACCCCACGGCUCUGAUGAUCCGUCCGCCGAGCCUCCCCAAGGGUGUCCUCACCCUCCUCCGGGACGCCCUGCUCCACAUCGCCGCCCUGCUGUCCUUCCGGGAGCCUCUGACCAUCGCCAACCUCCUGAGGCACCGGGACCGGCAGCAGGGCCUGGACGAGGCGAGCGACGAGCUCUGGGCCUGUCUCGAUCGGGCCGUGGAGGAGUUCAGCAAGGAGCCGCCGGCGGUCCAGGCGAACGCCCGGCUGAGCAUCCAGUGUGCGGGGCGGGCGCUGGAGUUCCUCUCCGGCCAGGGGGACUGCGAGAUCUCGGUCUAUCUCCUCCAUCACCGCGUGCGGUACAGCGCGGAGGCGCGGACGGCCGAGCUGUACCUGGCCAGGCUGGCCGUGCGCCCGGAGCCGCUGAGCGUGGACGAGCUGCUGAGGGUGCGGCGCCGGCUCCAGGCCUGGGGGGCGCUGACCGAGGAGCUCAGAGGCUGCCUGGACUUUGCGGUGCAGAAAUUCGCCGAGGAGCCGUUCUGCGUCCAGGACGACGCCAGGAUGGUGGUGGACUGCACUGGGCGGGCACUGAGCUUCUCCGCGGGGGCUGGGGGGAACCAGAUCAAUGUCUACGACGACCGGGACGGCCGCGUCCACUACCGCAUCCGGGCAUCGGGGCUGUGGGCCCGCACCGCGCGGUUCCUCAACGGCAACUAGCCCCACCACGCCCUGAACGUCGACCCCCUGUGGUGAAGGCCAGGGCUGGCUCUGGCAUUUUUGCCACCCCAAGCAAAAAAAAAAAAAAAAGAGAGGGGGGGGGCUGCCGGAGCGGCAAAGCUGGUGGAGGGGAGGGAAUCUGUUGGGAUAAUAA